GGAGAAUGGUUUCCUUGAUUUUGAGACACUAUGUUCUUAUGAUAUUUCAUCGCCUACAGUUAUGGUCCUAUAGAAGCCAAAAAAGGGAACCCUCCCAUUAUGCCGGCUGUAAUGACACCAGGGGGACCGCUGGAUCUCUGUACUGUCCUAUUUAGGAAUCGCAUUAUCUUUAUUGGUCAGCCAGUUACUUCUCAGGUGGCUCAACAAGUUAUAUCACAGCUCGUGACUCUGGCCACUAUUGAUGAAGAUACUGAUAUUUUGAUGUAUCUGAACUGCCCAGGAGGGAGCACCUACUCUGUCUUGGCAAUCUACGAUUGCAUGUCCUGGAUAAAGCCUAAGGUCGGUACAGUAUGUUUUGGAGUUGCUGCAAGCCAAGGUGCGCUGCUGCUUGCUGGUGGAGAAAAGGGCAUGCGGUAUGCGAUGCCAAAUGCACGUAUUAUGAUACAUCAACCGCAAAGUGGAUGCGGGGGACAUGUGGAGGAUGUAAGGCGCCAAGUGAAUGAAGCAGUUCAAUCUCGUCAUAAUAUUGACAGAAUGUACGCUAGUUUUACUGGCCAACCUCUUGAGAAAGUGCAACAGUACACUGAAAGGGAUCGUUUCUUAUCUGUCUCUGAGGCUAUGGAGUUUGGUCUAAUUGAUGGGGUUUUAGAAACAGAAUACUAAAACGUAGACGUGAUACGUGAAGCUAUAGCAUGUUUUCCAAACAGUGACUUGCGCUAGUAAAAACGGCAGAGCAUAGCGGGGCUUGAUGUUGCACAAGCAAAGUGGCAGCACGGCAUGGCAUUGGACAUGUGCCAUUUAGCAGGUGCCAGGCAAUGCUUGUUUUGCAACCUUCUUGGAACAUCUUGUUGACUGAGACAUUAAAUUGCAAACUCUCCCCAGCAAAAUUUAUUGAAAUUCCUUGCUUUUUUACAACACACUUUGCAUAUUGUAUCGCUUAUGUAAUUGGAAGUCGUGGAAUGAGUCUCUGUUGUUGUGAUACCAGUAGAACCUUAGUGAAUCAUUUAACCUGGACGUGUUAUGCGUAAGAAUAGAACCUGGCGAAGGUGUAAAAUGAAACAUCUUUGCUUAUUGGUACGGCCGGUGCUUCUCUUCAAGUUGCUCUGCCGUGUUUGUACUAGAAUUAAGUCAUAAGUCAAAAGUGACGUGGUUUCUUGCAUUCAA